AAAUUACAACGUUUUACACAAAAAUAAGAUAUACGUAGUUAGUCAGUCAGUGAGAUAACAUUUUUUAAAAAGAAAACUAUUUUAUAAAUACUUGAUAUUCUGAAGUUAACAGUAAACAAAUACCACUUAGAGAGUAAUCAUAGGCAUCACUGUCACUUACAAACAUUCUUUGUGUUUGUUCAGCAAUAACAAUAACAUAAUUGUUUUUUUCUUGUUUAGUUAAAAAUUUAAUACUAAUAACAACAAGACUACUACAACCAGCAGCUCAGCAACAGCCAUAUCUGUAGUCACAACCAACAACAUAACUACAACAACUUCCAACAACAACACUAAAGGUCCUAGAUUCAUGGAUGAGCUAUUCAGUCAAGCUGUACGACAUAUUGAAACUGAAAUAUUUGAUCUCAGGAGUCCCAUGCAUGUAGGAGGCCCAAUAACGCAAGAAUUUGAACAAAUUUUUAUGAACAAUAUUUUGGCAAGUGACUCCAUUCUCAUUGAGCUGGAGAACAUUUCUCCACCACCACUUCCAGCCAAUGAAGAUGAACCACAACCACAACCUGAACCCCAAAAAAUUGAAGUCUUAUCCAACAUAAAGAUCCAUCCCCCAAGAGCGCGAGCAACAAAAGACCUCACCUUCGUUCAACAAGAGGUUGAAACUGAUGAGGUUGAGGGUGAAGAUGAAGAUAAGAACAAUGAGGAAGAGGAUGAACAAUUGCAGCAAAUGUUGGAGACAACUAAAGCACCAUACAGUUGUUCGGUUGAGGAGGAGGUGCGGGAGCUGAAGAGGCGGCUAGAAGAACGAAAAGAAAUUUUGGCCAAUAAACGAAUGUUGGCGGAAUCCAUUUUAAACAAGCUAUGUCAAGAAGAGGUGGGAUUUAAAAAAAAGCCUCAACCAAGUUAGGAGGAAGAGGAGAGCAAUAAGCUCUCUCCUCAAAUCCCAAAUUGAGGAAGAAAAUAAAUGUAGGUCAAUUUUAUUAAAUAUUAAGGUGUAGAUAGAUAGAUGUAGGUUCAUAUUAUACAGGGUGUAAAUUUUAAAACUGGCAAUCGGCAAUAUAUCUAGAACUAAAAAAGUUAUUCAGAAUCACUCAACAACGUUUCGGGAGAUCCUAGGGGGAAUCAAAAUGGCAUGGUGAGUGUCACUCCUCCACCCACCCUUGAAGCCACAGCCACCUUAAGCUGAUAAAUUUGAAUAGCACGACCCUACUUAUGGAUACAGCUUUGGAAAGCCCAUUUGCUAAAGCCGUUUUUAUUCAAAAACGAGGACAUUAAGUUUACAUUUUUUUUAUUAUAUUCAUAGGUGGGUGAAGGUGCGUCACUUACCAUGUUACUUGUUAAUGUUUACGUUGUUCUUAAAACCACUUCUCCUCCCUACCUUUGUGAUAAGCUAUUAUGUAGGUAUAAUUUUCAUAUCGUUAAGAUACGUCAUACUGAUGUUCGGUCUAUGCCUCGUUUCCGAACUAGUUUGUUUACAAGAUCUUUUACCUUUAAUGAUGUCAAAUUAUAUAAUUCUGUACCUUCUGCAUUUAAAUCAAAAUCAGUAAGCAAUUUUAAGAAGCUUAUUAAGGUAUAUUUAUUACUAUCAGCUUAAUACAUAAUUUUGUUUAUUGCUUAUUUUUAUUUGUGUCCUUGUUUGAAUUGAAUGUGUUAAUUGGUGUGUUAAUUUAUUUUAGUGUUAAUUUCAACGGAAUAUAUGUUUAUUUUAGUAAUUAAGUUUAUUGUAAUUGCUUCUGCUAGGGUUAAGUGGAGUAGCCUCAGCUAGUCUUCGCCAUAGCAGAAUGCCAAUGUGUAUCAACCCUGUAUUUAAUUAAUAAAGGCAUUUUUAUUA